AUGGUGGACAAAAAUGACAUCGAUGCGGUCGCAUACCGCGCGACAGAUACUGAGAAUAGUAUCCAGAAGACGGAUAGCCCGAUUGAUGGGGUUAGGGAUCCGUUUGGGGCGCCGCUGAAGCGUCAGCUCAAGUCGAGGCAUUUGCAGAUGAUCGCAAUCGGAGGUAUCAUCGGACCUGGAUUGUUGGUUAGCUCGGGAAAUGCGCUUCACGAGGGAGGCCCUGCUGGGGCCUUGAUCAGUUUCCUCUUGGUUGGACUCAGUGUUUUUUUUGUCAUGCAAUCGUUGGGCGAAAUGGCUACCCUUAUUCCUGUCACUGGUUCUUUCGUCGAAUAUGCCGAGCGUUUUAUCGACGAUUGUCUCGCGUUUGCACUGGGUUGGGCAUACUGGUGGUUAUGGGUAACGGUCCUCGCCAACGAAUAUAACUCUAUUUCCCUCGUUAUUGGAUAUUGGACAGACGCCGUACCGCAAUGGGCCUGGAUCCUCAUCUUCUGGGUAAUGUUCCUUGGGCUUUCAAAUUUGGGAAUUCUGGCAUACGGAGAGAUGGAGUUUUGGCUUUCCCUAAUCAAGGUGAUUGCACUGAUCGUGUUUUUCAUUCUUGCUAUUAUCAUUAGCUCUGGCGGUAUCGGCCCUGGACCUAUUGGGUUUAAGUACUGGCAUCAACCCGGCGCUUUUGCGGAUUCGAUCAACGGAGUAGCGAAGACAUUCGUUGUUGCCGGAACAUUAUACGCUGGAACCGAAAUGGUCGGAAUCACCGCUGGAGAGUCAGCGAAUCCUCGCAAGGCUGUUCCGCGGGCCAUCCAACAAGUCUUUUGGAGAAUUUUGAUAUUCUAUAUCGGUACCAUAUUUUUUAUUGGAAUCCUCAUGCCAUACAAUGAUAAGAGGCUUCUUGGUGAUACCUCAAAAACAGCCAGCUCCCCGUUGACGAUCGCCCUUGCGGACGCUGGAAUCCUCCCCGCCGCACACUUGAUCAAUGCGCUCAUCGUUAUCAGCGUGAUCUCUGCGGGCAACAGUUCUCUAUACGUCGCGUCACGAACGCUACUCUAUAUGUCCCGCAACGGAAAGGCUCCCAAGUUCAUUGGGCGCGCGAAUAAGGCCGGAGUUCCUUGGGUUGGCCUUAUUUUCACGAAUGUGUUCGCUUGUAUCGUCUUCUUGGGCCAGUCAUCUAGUGCUGGCAAGGUCUAUUCGGCCCUCAUCACUCUGUCUGGAGUCGCGACAUUUUUGGUCUGGUCUGUUAUUGGAAUCUGCCAUAUUCGCUUCCGCAAAGCGCUCGUCGCGCAGGGUCAGGAUCCUGCGAAUUUACCCUUCCGCGCGGCAUUCUACCCCUGGGGAACUUAUUUCUCUCUGGGCUUGAAUGUAUUCCUCGUCUUUUUCCAAGGGUAUACUUGCUUCCUCAAACCGUUCAGCCCUGACGACUUUGUGAUCAACUACAUCCUGUUACCGGUGUUCGCUCUGUUCAUCAUCAUUUACAAAUUCUGGAAGAAGACCAAGUGGGUCAAAUUGGAGGAAAUGGAUAUCUGGACCGGCAGAAGGGAAUUUGCCGAGGAAGAAGAACCAGCCAAGGAGACCGGGCGUUGGUGGAUUCGUCUCCGUGAUGUUUUUGUCGGCUAG